AUGGCGAUCGGAGCACCAGCUGGGCCGACGUCGCAUUCGCGUCAGCCGCAGCCGCAGGGAGACCGAAGCAGCAUCCUGGAGAACGUGUGGGCGAGCAUCAUGACGACGACGGCCCCAGCACCGGCGCCGGAGGAGAAGGAGGAGAAGCCGGCGAUCCUGCGGCGGCUGCCGAGCCUGGGGCGGUGGAUCUCCAUGGGCGCCGACGAGUGGGACGAGCUCCUCAACCUCGACGCCGCCUCCACGCCGCCGCCGUUCCCCUCCGCCGACGAGGAAGAAGAUCAUCAGCACCCGGCGCCCAUCACGGCGAGCGACAGCAAGGCGUCGUCGUCCUCGUCUCCGGCGCCGGCGACCGCCAAGAAGAGCUACAGGGGGGUGAGGCGGCGGCCGUGGGGGAAGUUCGCGGCGGAGAUCCGGGACACGCGGCGGCGGGGCGCGCGGGUGUGGCUGGGCACGUUCGCGACGGCGGAGGAGGCGGCCCUGGCCUACGACGCGGCGGCGCUCCGGAUGCGCGGGCCCCGCGCCAGCCUCAACCACCCGCUCCACCUCGUCCAGCGCCGCCUCCUCGACCUCGACCUCAUGGCGGCGGCGGCCCCCGCCGCCGACGACCAGGCCCCGAGCCGCAAGAGGAGGAAGAAGAUGGUCCACAGCGCUAGCUCUCCUACUACUGCCGCCGAUCAUGCGAGAAUUGUCGUCGGCGCCGCAGAAGAUGAUUUCAGGGAAAUCACCUCGGAUCAGGAUCAGAUGGUGUCAUUCGCUGCCUCGUCAGUGCACAGAGAUCGUGGGAUUCCAAUGCAAGAUCAGUACGUGAUGAGCUCUCGAUCCGUGAUAGAAUUGGAGGAGAUUGGUGGGGAGUAUUGGGAUUACCUGUUCCCGCCUGAUAUUUUAUAG